AUGUCUGAGCGGUGUCCGCGCGUGGAUCUUUACCCAAAGACAGUUCCCGUACUCUUCAAAUCCGACAGAAAUCUUCGCUACUUCAUCCUCAACCGCCCAGACAAGCUGAACUCCCUCAAUGACGAGGUGCUGGAUCUUUUACGGGGUCAGCUCGAGGAAUGGAUCCAAGCUGAUACUCAGAGCAUUCUUGUAGGAACAGGCGUGGGUCGGGCAUUCUGUUCCGGGGGCGACGUAGAAAGUGUACGCGCAUACGCAUAUCGUCGGGAAACGCUACCAAUGGCUAUCAACUUUUUCCGGAAACAGUUCGAGAUUGACUAUAUCCUUGCGACCAUUCCAAUGGCAUACAUCGCUGUAAUGGACGGCAUCACUAUGGGUGGCGGGGCCGGACUCAGCGCGAGCGCACCAUUCCGAAUAGCUACCGAGAACACCGUCUUCGCCACGCCCGAGACGCGUAUCGGGUACUGUACCGACGCCGGCAUGAACUUCUUUCUCUCCCGCAUCGACGGCGAGCUCGGAACAUACCUCGCGCUCACCUCCCAGAGCCUACAAGGCCGCGCAGUCUUCGAGCACGGCUUUGCUACGCACUUUGUGCCCUCGCACGACCUUCCCGCGCUGCUCGAACGCCUCGCCGCACUCGAGAGGCCCUCUCACGCACAGAUCAACGCGCUCAUUGAAGCGUACCAUCCUGCCUCCGGCGCCACGCCAGGCAGCCCGCUCGCUGGGGCUGUCCGCGUGGCGCUCGACGCGGCGUUCCGGCACGACACCGUCGAGGCGAUCGUGGCAGAGCUGGACGCCCUCGCCACGGGCGGCGUGGACGGCGCGGUGCGCAAGUGGGCCGCGCGCACGCGGGACACGCUCAUGGUACGGAGCCCGACAGGGCUCAAAGUCACGCUCGCGGCGCUGCGGCGUGCGCGUGCGUUGUCGUUCGCGGACGCGCUGCAGACGGAUCUGAACCUCGCGACGGCGUUCUCGCUCGGGGCGAGCCCGGACUUUACGACGGGCGUGGACACCAUCAUCGUGCGGAAGGAGAAGGCGACGCCGGCGUGGUCGCCGCGCACGCUUGGGGACGUGUCUGAUGCAUGGGUGGCGCGCACAUUCUUCGCCGAGUAUGCACCGGAGCGCGGGACUGUACCGCGCCUCGCUGUGCCGCCGUAUGCCCGGCGCAUGUUGGACCCGAUGACGCAUACGCUGCCAGCGGAAAGCGAGAUCCGCGCAGUGGUGGAGGGGCGGCACGAGCACAGUGUGCGGCGGACGGUCGGGUUGGAGGAGCUUGUCGAGCUGUGCGCGGAGAUGAAGGGCGGUAAGAUGGGUGUGCGAGAGAAGGUUGUGGAGGUAGUGCAGAGGAAGUGCGAAGUUCGGAAAGAUGCGGGGUCGGGGAGGGAGUGGUUGGUAUGGAAGGGUGAGUGA